AUGAGUUUCACCAUUGAAACGUUGUUGAAAAUAGAUCAUUCAUCAUUUAAUGAUUUGAAUGAAGUCGAUCAAGAAUCAGACCAUUCCAGCAUUAGACAUGAAAUUAACGACCUGCAAACAUGUCAGUCAGAUCAUCUAUCUCAUCGUCGAGGACGAAAUUCUGAAAUACGUCAAUUAUUUAUUUACAAAUUAUUGAUUGUAGAGUCAAAGUUUCAACAACACAAAGAUUCAUCAUUAUCAAACACAUUGAAAUUAACCCCUUAUUCAUCUCCAAUUAGUCUACAUUCUUCAAAAUCAACUCAUUUGGAUAAUAAUCAAAGUAUACUUUUAUCUUCUAGUCCAUUCCAACAAUUCUUAUCACAACAAACAAUGUUAUCUCCAUCCUCCUCUUCCUCGACAUCAUCAUCAUCCUUGUUCAGUACUUUCUCUAGUCCAUCUCAUUCAAUUACAAUGCAUAAUAUUUCUAAUAAAUCACCAAUUACGUAUGAAAAAUCGAAUAUAAUCAGUGAACAUGAUUGUCAAUCCAAUGUAAAUAUUCAUCAUCCUCAACAUAAAAUAAGUACACUUGGACAGUUCAAUUCGUCUACAACUAAAAAUGACCGAAAUCCGACAAAUGAAAUUACACCAACUAACACCACCAUCACCACUAUGAAUGAUUCUACUACUACUAGUAGUAGUAAUAGUAAUAGUAGUAGUAGUAGUAGCAGCAGUAGUAGUAAAACUUUGACAAAUGAUCAUAAUUUUUGUAAAAAUUUGAAUAAAAAAUCAAUAAACCACCUUAACAUAAAUAAUCAUCCUGAACACCACCAAUAUCAUCAGCAUACAAGUUCAAAAUGUACGAUGAGACCAAGACGUUUAAGAACAACAUUUACUACAUAUCAGCUGCAUACAUUAGAAACAUCAUUUCUACUCAAUCAAUAUCCAGAUGUUGCAGCACGUGAUCAGUUGGCAAAUCAAUUGAAUUUGUCAGACGGUCGUGUACAGGUUUGGUUUCAAAAUCGUCGAGCUAAAUAUCGUAAAUACGAGCGAUUACAUAACGGAAGUAAUAUUAUGAAUAUCAACAACACUAAUGAUAAUAAUAGUCAUAGCAGUAUAGAAAUAAAUCACGAACAACAUAAUACAUUACGUGAUACGCAAACAAUAUUGAACACAUUCAACACUUAUACAUCAUCAGUUUUGCAACAUUUAAUUCCUAUCGACAAUAAUGAUAAUAAUUCGACUGUAUUAAUUUCAGCUGACAACUUAUUUCCUGUUUCUAUGAAAACAACAGAUAUUACCUCGAGUGGUUCACAAGAACAAGUUCCGUUACAGAAAACAUCAGUGUCAAAGCUAACUGAUGGAAUCGAUGUCAAGGAAACAUUUGCACAAACAUUGAUUGAUUCAUUGUCAACUUCAAACACAACUAUAAAAUGGAAGCCUAGAAUUGAUUAUCCUACAUUGUUAAGUACCAAAGACUUAGCUACAAUUCUGAUUGGAUUCGAUGGAAAUCAAACACCAUUUCAAUUGACACAGUCUAAUUUUAAAUUAUCUAAACUGUAA